AUGGAGCCACGGCCAAGGAAUAUAAUCAUCAUCGGAGGAGGGAUCAUCGGCUCAACCACAGCUUACUUUCUGACCCGCCACCCCUCUUUUAAUCCAUCUAUACACCACAUCACCGUCCUCGAAGCAGCCUCAAUAGCAGGCGCCGCUUCGGGGAAGGCCGGUGGGCUCCUGGGGCUCUGGGCCUACCCCCAAUGCCUCGUCCCCCUGUCCUACCAGCUCCAUGCCGACCUGGCUGCUGAGCAUGACGGCGUCGAACGCUGGGGUUAUCGCAAAGUCGGCUGCGGCAAGAUCACCGCGACGCUGAAGGCUAAGCAUCUCAACGGCAGCCCGGCCCCCAAGAGGCAGAGUAAUGGCCUUGACCUGGUCAAGGAAGAAAAUGGACAGCCAAAGGAGUGGGUAAAGCUACCCAAGCAAGACCAGGCCGCCAGCGGUCUGCUCAAAAACUCGAAGUUGCCCUCGGAUCUGGACUGGGUAGACGGAAGUCUGAUCAGGGAAUAUGCGGAAAUGGGUGCGAUUGGCUUUACCGAGACGGCCCAGGUCCAUCCUUACCAAUUCACAACCGCGAUAGCCAAGCUGGCCCAGGAGAAAGGUGUGCACUUCAGACUCAAUUCCAAGGCCACGGAGAUCAAUUUGAAUCAGACAAAGACCCAGGUCGAAAGCGUUGAGUACCUGGAUAGAGCAUCCAAUCAGAUGAGGUCGAUAUUGGGUGUAACAGAUGUUGUGGUUGCCGCCGGUCCCUGGGCUGGCCGCCUGGUGCCCAGCUCCUCCGUAGAGGGUCUCAGAGCGCAUAGCGUUAUAUUUGAGGCUGACGUGAGCCCCUAUGCCGUAUUCACAAGCAUAUCGCUGCCGCGAGAGUGGGUACCGGCACAUAGGGCUGCUGCGGGUCAGAAGAGGACACAUAUGGGCUAUGUUGAUCCAGAGGUAUACGCCCGCCCGGGACGAGAGGCAUACGCUUGUGGCGAGCCUGAUCCAUCGGCGCCACUCCCGGAGACGGCAGACCUUGUAGAGUGUGAUGAGGCCCAAUGCGACGACCUCGCGGCUUACAUCAGCACCGUGAGCCCCGUCCUAGAGGCUGCACCGAUAUCAGCAAAACAGGCGUGCUAUAUGCCACGGCACAUGAGGUCGGGCGUUGAGAUGGGUCCACUCAUAGGUAGAACCUCUGUCACGGGGCUAUGGAUGGCUGCCGGUCACACCUGCUGGGGAAUCCAGAAUGGGCCGGCCACGGGGAAGUUGAUAAGCGAGUUCAUAUUCGAGGGGGAGGCCAAGAGCGCCAACAUUGAUGAAUUGGACCCCUUGAAGUAUAACGUUGGAGCCUGA